CAGUGCAGCGCGAAGCCCCAGCGCGGUACAGGCUCCAGUUGUCUGCAGCACCUUGUCCAUUGCGGUGUCUCCCUCGGUGUUAAUACCGCGGAUACAAAGCUCGCGAGUGUUAGUGCACGGAGCAUGUCACAAGUUUUCACUUUCUACGAACACGCUGAAUGAUGAUUCCCGUAAAGUAUACACGGAUAUGUGCAACGGUGUGGGUGUUCUGCGCCGUACUCAGCGCGGCCACGGAGCCCGCUGACAACAACACCACCACCACAAAGACCAUCCGAACUACAAUCCUGCCCUCCCGUACCACCAGGACCGAACUCAAAGUCUCCCGGAGUCUCAACCCUCUCACUACGGAAACCCUCAACGUAAGGACCAAGUCUGGGCACGUCACGCAACUUAUCGUCAAAAAGAAAGACUUAAAGUCGACGACGCACGCCAGCACCAGCACGCCGUCGCCCACAACGGUCUCCGUCAAGACGACCGUCCUCAACACCACGGGGGAGGAGAAGAAUAAAACGGAGGGCAGAGAUCAGAGAAAACUUAAUUUCAUGGGAACAGUUAACAGUGACCUCGCCGGUUUCGAUUACUACGUGAAUCGUAACAAGGACGAAAGUUUCAGUGACGUAAAAGCGGAGUAUGGGAAUUGGUCUCCAGUGUCCGUGUAUCCCGAGUCUCACAUACAGGAGGAUGGCGGGAAACCGGACGUCGAUCCCGAGACCGCUAGCUACUACCCCACAUAUGAUAAUGACAAAAAGACAGAAAACAAAAAAGUUUACAUAACUUCGACCAGUUUUCUCGAUUACGGUGGACGAGUCAAAAAUUACAGAUUCGAUCCGCAUAAUCCAAUAAUCAAAAACGACAGGAACCCAGUGUAUAUUGAAGUGGUUAGCACAAAAGUGUCAGAUGGUGAUAGUGAAAAUAUUAAAGUACCCGACCCUGUGAUAGUGAAUUCCGACCCGACUUACAUUAAAAAGGCAAUAGAAAAAUACAACAACAAGCGAGGCAGGUCAAUUUUGUCUAUCGGUGACGAUGGAAUUCCAGAAAUACACGGCGUAAGGAUGCCCGACGACGAGUCCGACAAGAAGACCUGGCGCAACGCGCGAGUGGUCAACGGUGAACUGGUACCCUACCCCGAAGGUUAUACUCCUCCGCGGGCGAUCCCCGAAGCGGACGUGUACCCAGACAUAGCGGCCGCCGAGCCCUCGCAGAGCUUCGGCCCUUUUACCAAGGAGGACAACUUCAAGCACAAGGACGGGCCGUUUACUAAAUUUGACAAUGUUAAAUUUGAGGCAGAUGACGCAAUUGGCUCUUAUGCUAUUAAUAAUAGUCCAAAUUAUGCGUACAAACAAAAAAAAGAUAGUCAUUACCAGAAAUCCAACUACGGUCCCUUCACCAAGGCCGAUAAUUCGAAAGUGGCCAACUCCAAGCUCAUCGAAUACAUCAAGCAGAUCAACGAACAAGAAUCGAAGCGCGACUACUUUAGCGGCCGCAGCUCGCGGGCGCACGGGGACUUAGACUACGCGGAAAAUCACAUUCAGAGAAGAAUGCUCCAACAUCCCGGAGAUGUUAAUUUUCCCAACUCCAUAGCCUAUACACCCAAAAAUUCCAAAUUAAGCUUCGACGAAAGAAAUCCUGUUUUACAAUACGCCCACCCCGAACUCGGAGUGCAACCAGCCAAGGCAACUCGCGAUGGCCUCGACAACUACGACGCGAUGCCAAGGAAAGUGAAAUACUACACUAGCGCCCCGAAAAGCGCCCACCCCUACCCCAUGGAGCCAAUCGGCUAUACUCAGCAGCGCUCUCAGAGCAAAAUACCCUCCGGCAAUAGAUACUAUGAGGACGAAUAUAACAAAUUCUCUUAUUAUGAACGUAAUCCUAGCCCAAAAUACCCAUACACUUACGGAUAUGUAAAACGGAUGCCCGAACCUUCUCUAUGGAAGAGAUUCACGGAUUCCAUGAAGGAUACCAUAAACACCGCGAGUCAAACGAUGCAGUCGCUGACGCGGCCUAUCAUAGACCCCAUCGCAAAGGUCACACAACCCGUCCUCGAGCCGAUCGUUGAGGCGACGCAUAAAAUUUCCCACAACUUGGGCUUCUACCCAUCCAACGCGAUUCAAAGCCAAAGGUACGCACAGGACAAAAUAGGCGUCGCAGCCGCAGCGGCCUCCGGGGCGCCCGCCAUGCUACCCGCGCUGGGCCUCAUGGCGGGCGGCGCGGCGCUUGGCCUAGGCGCCGUCGCGAUGGGCAGGUUGCUCGACGCCAACUUGAUGAGAAGCGCCGACGGGGACGCAGACGAAGACGAGUUAGAGAAGGAACACAAGCGCGCCUUUAUGGGUGCGCCUUUUGACAUCGACAGACAAAUAUUAAGUACGCAAAAAUUCUUUGACGAUAAUUACAAGAUGCCCAGCGAAAACGUUUACGUGGUAAUGUCUCCCGAAGGCGGCGACGGUGCGCGCACGAAGCGCGACUUGUUGGGCUUUCUGAGCGCGCCGUACGCGGCCCGCGUGCCGCCCGGCCUGCCCCGGCUGAGGCGCAGCGUGAAGCGUGCUCUAUCGGUUGACAUGCCUGAAGACCUACAGCGCGUGGACGUGCAACUCGGGCCCUCAGGAAUGACCGCGGCCGCCAUGGACCUAGUGCGCCACACCGACUGGCGCGACUCUCAGUGCGCCAAGUACACCUUCUGCAAGGUGCUCACCUCACAACCUUCUGACUCCAUGUUCACAAUGGAGAAAAAGAUGGAAUCUCUAUUAAAAAUGAUUUCGCGCGGAAACAGCGGCGGCGCGGCGGCGGUGGCACACCAGCUGGGAGACGUGAUGGCUGCCAGCCGCGACCACGACUGCUCUAGGUUCCUUUGCGACCGCCACUGACACAUACAAAUAUCACCUACAACAAUGUCAGUAGCAGAUAUGGCUGCUACUUGAACAUAGUCGAGGACAUUUAUUUACUACCCAUUUAACUACUUUGUGUUGUAUUAUAUUUCUUUGACUGUAAGCAGAUACCUCUGUGCAUACUCUGUGCAAUGUUUGUGCAAAUUGUAGUCGAAUUAGAGUUUGAGUUUCUUACUACUAUGAGAAAAAUCGAGAUAAAAUUAGAAGUGUAAACAAUUAAAUAUUUGAAUUUCUGUUUAACUGUACCUAAGAUAGGCACGUGUGAAAAAUAAACUGCACCACAUAGUACUACUACUAUGUCGUUAUAUUAUUGUGAAUAACACAUUAUAUAUUUUCCUAGAUUAAAAUUAUAUACACUACGCUUUAUGUUAGCAUGUAAGAUAUUGAGUGAAUAGUGAUUUAUAUAGCGUAAGCAAUAUUUGCUGUAUUAUAUAAAAUGUAUUAGGACACAUAGUUGAUAUAAUAUUUAUACUAUGCGAGUUAAUUGAAGUAUGCUUUCGUUGAAAAGUACAAAAAAUUUAGUUACCUACAGUUAUUCGUUCAUCAAACUAGUGCGCAAGCGUUAUGCGCGACAUGAGGUUAUG